AUGGAAUUGAAAUCGAUGGAUACGGUGGAGAUGCCCAUUUUUGGGAGCACUCUGAAGCUAAUGAAGUUCUGGUCAUAUCUGUUCGUUCACAACUGGCGCCGCUAUGUCGCAAUGGCUCCGUACAUCAUUAUAAACUGUACUCAGUAUGUGGAUAUAUAUCUGAGCACCGAAUCCUUGGACUUUAUCAUCAGAAAUGUAUACCUGGCUGUAUUGUUUACCAACACAGUGGUCAGAGGUGUAUUGUUAUGCGUACAGCGUUUUAGCUACGAGCGUUUCAUUAAUGUUUUAAAAAGCUUUUACAUUGAGCUGUUGCAAUCAGAUGACCCCACCAUCAACCUUUUGGUCGAGGAAACCACACGUCUAUCAGUUUUCAUUAGUAGGAUUAAUUUAUUAAUGGGCUGCUGCACUUGCAUUGGCUUUGUUACAUAUCCCAUUUUUGGAUCGGAAAGAGUUCUGCCAUAUGGCAUGUAUUUGCCCACUAUUGAUGAAUACAAAUACGCAUCACCCUACUACGAGAUUUUCUUUGUGAUUCAAGCCAUAAUGGCUCCAAUGGGGUGUUGCAUGUACAUACCCUACACAAACAUGGUAGUGACAUUUACCCUUUUCGCCAUUCUCAUGUGUCGAGUAUUGCAACAUAAGUUGAGAAGCCUAGAGAAGCUGAAAAUUGAACAAGUACGUGGUGAAAUCAUAUGGUGCAUAAAAUAUCAAUUGAAAUUAUCCGGAUUUGUGGACGCAAUGAAUGCCUUGAACACCCAUCUUCAUUUGGUUGAGUUCCUUUGCUUUGGUGCCAUGCUAUGUGUUCUUCUUUUCUCCUUGAUAAUUGCUCAAACUAUAGCUCAGACCGUCAUAGUCAUCGCAUAUAUGGUAAUGAUAUUUGCCAACAGUGUGGUCCUUUACUACGUGGCCAAUGAACUAUACUUCCAAAGCUUUGAUAUUGCCAUUGCUGCUUAUGAAAGCAAUUGGAUGGACUUUGAUGUGGACACGCAAAAGACUUUGAAGUUCCUCAUAAUGCGUUCACAAAAGCCGUUGGCGAUUCUGGUUGGUGGCACCUAUCCCAUGAACUUGAAAAUGCUUCAGUCACUACUGAACGCCAUUUACUCCUUCUUCACCCUUCUGCGUCGCGUUUACGGCUAA